UAAGAUAUCAUUAUGUUGUGUUCUUUGCAUUGACAUUGGUUUCACUUUUGGUGUUUUGUUCAAAAGCUGUUUGGUUCCAUUCCUUAACUGUAUUAUCUGUGUGCAUUACCAUUCACCUUAUUGUCUGGUUUCUUUUCUGAAACCUAACAAGGUUUUUCUUCAAACCAAGUGAAGAAAAAAAAAAACCAUUUUGACUCAAUUUUUUUACUAGUAAUUUAAGGCUUUGAAAAGCAUAAAGUUUCAAUUUUUUAUAUGUUUUUGAUAGCCCAAAUCUGUGUUGAAUUUGAUGGAAUUCGAUACAGUUAAAGGGUGUUUUUUGUGAGUGAUUUUAAGUGCUUCAAGAAAUUGUUUAUUUUGCAAUUUUUGCAGCAUUUUUUUCUCUUUAUGUGACUACAAAACUGUGGAAACUGUUCCAUUCUGUUUGUAGCUUAUGAUAACACAAAAUUGAGGUCUUUGCUAAGUUUUGAGGUGAAUGAAAGAAGAGAAAGUUGGUUCAUUUUUUGUUUAAGCAAAAUGGGUUUUGUUUUGUUAUGUUGUUGAUCCAUUUGAGCUUGUUGAAAUUUUGGAUUUUGUGUUGUUAAGUUAGUAGUAAGAGAAAAAACACAAUCUUUACACAAAAGGGUUUUGGAAUUUGUAGUUUUGUGUAAGUAGAUUUGACUUUUGAGGGAGUAAUAUAGAUCAAAACAGAUUUUGAAUGAAGAGUUUGUAGUGUAGUUGUUGAUUGUGGUUGGUGGUUGAGAAUUGAGAGGUUGAGUUUAGUUUGUGAAGAAAUAGAGAGUUGACUUGAGAUGGCUGCAAAGUUACUGCAUUCUUUAGCAGAUGACAAUCAAGAUCUGCAGAAGCAGAUUGGUUGUAUGACUGGAAUUUUUCAGCUCUUUGAUCGUAAUCAGAUGCUCACGGCUCGUCGGAUUAGUCAAAAGAGGCUUCCUUCUGGUAAUUUGCACUUCAGUGAUGGCAGCUUGGAAAGAGAUUCUGAUAGUAUGCAGCAUCGACCAAUGGAAACCGAUACAAGUUUAAACAGAGGACUAAAUGAAAAGCAAAGACUUUCGACGGAGUCAUCAAGAGCAUCAUUCUCUUCGUGUUCAUCAUCAGUGUCUUCUCUUGAUUUUAAGGCUGAAGUUGAGACUUCCUAUGAAACCCCUUCAAGGGAGACAUUUAUGAACCAGCCAACUAUCUCUCCCCGUUUCGGACGUCACUCCCUCGACCUGCGUGAUGUAGUGAAGGAUUCUAUGUAUAGGGACCCUCGAGGACCGUCUGGAAAAUCUAUGGCCAAAGAGCAAUCUACCAUUCAUGCCAUGAAGCACAGGGAUUCACCGCGACCUCUUCAGAUGUCAAAAUAUGUUGAUAGAUCUUAUGGAGUUGAAAUAGAUGAAAAGCAAAGUGUGCCUAUCGAUCUAAAGGAGUCUAUCCGAGUUCUUUCUAAACUUAGAGAUGCACCUUGGCAUUAUGCAGAAAGUACUAGAGAAAAUCCAAGAUCAUCGCAAGAAGUAAAAGAUGGACACUGGCAUUCCAUAUCAAAGGAUGCUCCUUGGUUAGCUUACGAUGGAAGAGAAACGAGUCGUUUAUCUUUUGAAUCGCGAGAGACGAUCAGAUCUGCACCAAAGCUAAAAGAGUUUCCUAGGCAUUCACUGGAUAGUAAGGAAGGUUCAUGGCGCACUUAUAGCUCCGAGGCCAAACCCAACCACCUAUCGAGAAACGUUUACGGUGCCACCUCCACCUCGAAUGAAAAAUUCUCUAGUCCACAACAGUCUUCUUCAUCAAGCCAGAGUCGGCCACCGAGUGUUGUAGCAAAACUAAUGGGAUUGGAAGCAAUACCUGAUUCCUCAUUUGCCGUUGAUACUCAACCAGGUUCAACUGAAACUUACUCAGCUCAAGAUAACGGUCAGUUUCCAAGAUCAUCGAAAAAUGGAUUCAUAAGACCGCUUCGAGUUUCUAACUCUCCAAAAAUCUCCUUGAAAGAUCCAACUUCCCCGAGGCGGAAGAAUUCUGAGGUGGUUAUGAAACCGGUCUCUAGUUCGAAGUUUCCGCUUGAACCAGCACCAUGGAAGCAGCAUGAUGCAAAUAGAAACUCUCAGAAACAAAGUUUAAGAACAACAAAAGCUCCAUUGAGAACACUGGAUUCAUCUCCUUCGGUUUAUAGUGAGAUAGAGAAGCGGUUGAAGGACCUUGAAUUCAAACAAUCUGGAAGGGAUCUUAGAGCACUAAAGCAGAUACUAGAAGCAAUGCAAGAAAAGGGUCUGUUAGAGAGCAGAAAAGAAGAACAAGUUCCAAACGUAGUUGGAAGUCGAAGUGACUAUGAACCUAAAGCUACAAACCUAAAUCAGAAUUUCAGAUCGGUAAAGCAACAAAAUCCUCAAAGAAACAAUUUUCUAUCUUCUACAGUCAAGGGAAAUGACUCAGCAAGAGCUUUUGAUUCACCUAUCGUGAUAAUGAAACCGGCAAAACUUGUUGAGAAAUCUGAGAUUUCUGCUUCUUCAGCUAUUCCAAUGGGUGGUUUUUCUGGUCCCAAUAAUAGAAACAACAUAUCUUCUACUCUAACAGCAAAAGAACAGUCUUCAAAGAAUAUUCGGAGGGACGCUUCUCCGGUUUCCACCGAUAAGAAAACAAGUAUUACCAAGCCUACAAGAUCUCCACAAUCUCAAUCAAGGUCUCAACAAUUUCCAAAAGAAAAUAACCAAAGUUCAAUGAAGAAUUCAGGAUCAGUGAGUCCAAGAUUGCAACAGAAAAAGUUGGAGUUAGAGAGGCGAUCUCGUGUGCCUACAUCACCACCAUCAGACUCAAACAAAUCCAGAAGGCAAUCCGGUAAAAAGGCAGCAUCAGAAUCAGCUUCACCGGGUAGGAAAGUACACCACAAAAUCCUUAAUUCGCAGCAUAGUGAAGAGCAACUGAGUGAGAUAAGCAAUGAUUCUAGAAGUUUCUGCCAAGGCGAUGAAGUUUCUCUUCAAUCCGACAGCGUUACUUUCGACUCUAAAUUGGAUAUUGAAGUCACUAGUAAUUUACGGUCUUCUGAAAUUGAUGACAGUCAAAGUCCAUCCUUGAAGGCUAUAAAGCAAUUGAUUUCAGAAACAGUUCAGAAAAAAUCAACUCCAAGGUUGGAUGAGGAUGAGACAAUUUCAGAAUUUGCAACUAAGGCCCCGGAACAUCCUAGUCCUACCUCCGUUCUCGAUGGAUCGGUGUAUAAAGAUGAUGAGCCAUCGCAAAAAAGGCAGACACCUAAAGAUCUGAAAGUUGGAAAUGCUCAAGAAUCCAGAGACAACGAGGUCGAAGAUCAAUGGAAGCCUGAUGGUGACCUUUCAUUUAACGGCACAGGAUCUGGAGAGAUUAAUCGCAAGAAAUUACAAAGCAUAGACCACCUUGUUCAGAAGCUUAGACGGUUGAACUCAAGCCACGACGAAGCUCGAAACGAUUACAUUGCUUCCCUAUGUGAAAACUCAAAUCCAGACCACAGAUACGUAUCUGAAAUACUACUAGCUUCUGGUCUCUUACUUCGAGAUCUGAGUUCUGAAUUUCUAACUUUUCAACUACAUUCAUCUGGUCAUCCUAUUAAUCCGGAGUUAUUCCUGGUCUUGGAGCAGACAAAGGCAAGUAGUUUGCUUUCGAAAGAAGAAAGCAGCUUCGGAAAAGCUGCUUUCUCGAAGCAAAAUACGGAGAAAUUUCACCGAAAACUAAUCUUUGAUGCUGUGAACGAAAUUCUUGUUACAAAACUAGGUUAUUCACCUGAGCCAUGGUUUCAGCCUAACAAACUCACAAAGAAAAACCUCAGUGCUCAAAAGCUUCUUAAAGAACUAUGCUUUGAGAUAGAAAAAGUCCAAGCCAAGAAAACCGAACCCUGCUUAGAAGAUGAUGAAGAGGACGAUGGUUUGAAGAGUUUGUUGUGUGAAGAUGUCAAACAUGGAACAGAAAGUUGGGAAAAUUUCAAUGGUGAAAUACCUGGAAUAGUGUUGGAUGUUGAGAGACUUAUAUUUAAGGAUUUGGUAAAUGAUAUUGUGAUUGGUGAAGCAGCUGGCUUACGAGUCAAGUCAUCGGUUCGGCGCAGGAAACUGUUUGGAAAGUAGUUUGCUUCAUUCCUUUUCUUAAUUUCUCACUUAUAUUAGAUCUUUAUAAUAUUGUGUCAUUUGCAUAUAAUCUAUUUCCACUAUCAAGGGCAUUAUAGAGCUAUGCUUAUAUUUUUUGGCUAAGGUGUAAAGAAAUGUGACUUACCAUGGAUUUAUGGAAUACAUACUAUAUAAAAAACUAAAUUUUCUCCUUGUAUGAAAGUAAGAUUGUAUCAACAAGGUGAAAUUUCUGUAUAAUUUUCUACUUGAAUCUUGUAUGUUCAAUAGAAUAGUAUGUGAUUCGGAGUGGACCUA